AGUCUGCAACCCCAUGUGUCCUUCCAAACUUCCCCAAUCAUGUCUGAAGCAAAAAGUGAUGACUGCACAGUACUGUGGACAGCCUGACCGCCUGGCUGCCCCUCGCCCUCCUCUGCUGUUCUCCGCCUGUCCUUUUUCCUGCCUCGCUCUCUCCUCUCUGAAAGUGAGCCAGUGUGCAGAAUGACCUUCAACCACACCCACAGGGAACAAAAACAAAAGAGGGGGCAGUAGCAGGAUGGAGGAGAAAAUGGGAUAAACAUGAGAGGGGUGACAGAAAGGCAGCGGAAAGAAUAAGACGGAUAAAGAACAAAACUAAAACCCACGCUGAAGUGAGGACAAUGGAAAAUCUCUCUUCUCUUGGAAGCCAGCGGAGCGCAGAGCUGAAUCUGACAAGAAAGAUGACUCUCCUUCAUUUUCCCCACCACCCAGUCUGAUUAAACCUCUCACUCUAAAAUGAACCCAGCACACUGAGAGCCACAGAAACGAGGGAGCUGAGGACCUGAGCCUUUGCUAAAGGUGCAGACUGGAAUGCCUUCAGAUACACUUGAAGGAGCCAUAGGAAGAAGGGAUGCUAUGAAAUUCCUUAAAAAUCACAUCUGUGAUGACAAAGGACCAAAAAUUAAAUUCUUAAACCAGAAAAGCAGCCAGCUCUUUUUGAAAACAGUUUCCAAAAGAUUCAUUUUCAACUAGAUCUGUCGCAGAAAUUCCAAAUCCUUCUGUUUAAGUGUGCAGUAAGCCGGCUGUAAUGAGUUCAUCCACAAUAGAGGGAUGAUUUCCUUGUGUGACUAAGACAGUAAGUAGACAGAAGGAGGUCUAAUUAAAGUUGUAACAUCUGCCUUCUGAGCUCUAAGUGUGUCUACAGGCAAGCAUCUUUCGCUCCACUUCCUCCGCUCUUAUUUCAAACGAAGAAGGGUAAACAAGGUAUUCCGCCUGCUCCCACACAAUGCAACUAAUCUUCUGCAAGGGGCAUCAUCAUAAUUACCAUAACCAAUGAGUAUACUGUAACUGGGUGCUCUCAAAUAUUCAUAGCAUCUUCCAGCUUAACUUCCACAGCUGCUGGUGGAGAAGAGGAGGAGAAACUGAGGAGGAGAAACUGAGGAGGGUGGGAGGUCUGGAGUGGAGCACGUAACCUGCUUACAAAUUAACACCACAACCAAAGUCGGACAGCGUGAGUGAGUUUCUCCUCUCGCUGUUGCGCCGCUCUUCGUACUCUCGCAUGAGCCAUCUUCUUCUCGGUCUGCGGUCUCCACUUUAACGUUACGCGGAUGCUCCACUUCUGACCGACUUCCCCCGGCUGCUCGGCACAGCCGGAGCCCGCCCGAGCCGCAGCAGCAAGCCCUGCACGGCUCUCUGCCCCCGCUGCUGCGUGGAAAGAUAAACCAACAACGGCAGACCGCGACACUGCGGGAGGUGACAGAUCCAGAUUCAGAUCGAGCCUCUGCAAUAACCACAGACACAUCGGCCAUGCCAUUUCUGCACAGAGGAGGAAAUCUUGAUAAGUAUGAUAAGAUUUUUUUUUCUUUUUUUAAUCCUACAAACUCGGGUCUGCUUGGUGUGGCAGUGGCGAUGACUUUCCACUCUUAACAGCCUCGAGAUGAGCCUUCUCCUGGAGCCUGCCUCUAUACAAAAACCCGGACUGUAAGAACAAGACUUUAUCACCGAGCCUGGCUCAUCAACGACAAUAAAAGAGACUUUAUUGGUCAUCGACUGCGCUUCUACUUGGAAGAAAAAGCACAUUACUCGCUGUAAAUCAAGCCAGGAGGAUCGAGCCUAAGUGCAAGACGAAUGGUUUGGGCAUGGUGCCCACGCCCCAGGUGUGCGUAUCAACCCUGGUCACAGUGAGCACGAUGGCAGUGGUGGACCUCUACCUGCUGGAGCAGAGCAUGCUGGGUGCUCGUGGUCUUCCAGGACCUAGCGUGUGGCAGUGUGCGGCAGUGUUGCUCGGUGAUGUGGGCUUCCUGCUGGCGCUGCGCUUUGUGUCGGCCGGUGUGGUGUCAGAGGCGCGGUCACCGCGUCGUGGUUUUGCCAACGCCCUCUGGUUCCUGUUCCUGUCACUGCUCCAGCUCAAGCUCUUCUUCGUCUGCCAUAACUACAGGCAGGAGCGCCGUCCACCAGAUCCGCUUGCCAGGAAGACCCUGACGCUGCUGCUGUCCAUCUGCCUGCCUUCCCUGUUUCUUAUCCUGACGGGAGCUGACCAUAUGACCCCGCAGCGCAGAAAGCAGGAGGUACGUGGCCGGCUCCUGUGGGUUGUGGUGGACCUGCUGGAUGUGCUGGACCUGCAGGCGGGAUUAUGGGAAGCCCAAGGCGGGGCUGCUGCGGGGAGUGGAGGGGUCGUUGAACAGAGGCUGCCCAUUUGGGCGGAGGGCCUGGUCUUUUUUUAUUGCUACGCCCUCCUGCUGCUGUUGCCCUGUGUGGCUCUCACAGAGCUGGGGGCCACUGGCCUGCCAGGACAGAGGGGUCCCCGUAAGGAGGCUCUGUACCCUUGGCUUAGCUUGGUCACUAUCAAUAUCUUCACCCUGGCCCUGAGGGGCACAGGCAUGCUGUGGUACAGGGACCCCCGUGUGUCCACUGUGUUCCUGGGGAAGAACCUACUGGCUCUGGCUGUGAAGCUGAGCUCAGCCUGGGAAAGACACAAGCAGGAGCGCGGUGCUACAGGAGCUGGGACUGUGGCUGGAGCAGAACCAGGAGACUCGACCCUGCCAAGCCAGAGCUCAGAGCAGGGAGAGGGCCAGGACCAGGGGAAAGCUCCUCCCUCUCAUUAUCACGCACUGUCUCGCUCCCAAAGCCACACACUCUCCCACGUCAGCAUGGAGCCCACGGAGACGCCCUUAGGACCCUCUUUCAUUUCCCAUGAACUUUAGAGAGUCACUCUGAACAAAAGCAUGUGAUCACACAUCCACACUUAAAAGUCGGACCAGCAGAGCCAGUAUCACAUCCAAACAGAUAACUUGUAUUGCGUUUCAGUACAACAGUGAUAGGUCUAAUGCAGAGCUGUGGAAAUGCAUUUGGCAAGCUUGGCUUUCUGCACAUUUUGUUGUGCUAAUAAUAACUCAAAAUACAUUGCUGGGAUUUGUGGGAGUGUAUUUUUUAAAGUGAUCACUGUGAACACAUCUAUCAGCCUGUAAACAAUAAUCCAGAAAUGUAUGUUGAAGUCUAGUAGUGCUUAUUCCUUUCUUUAAUCUGGGCACAGCUGUCCAAACUGCCACAGAUUUGUUGAAUGUGUUGCAUUCAUAACCCUGUUUAAAUUAUUGUAUUGUUUUACUGCAUUACUCCAUUUACAGUAUCUCAUAUUGGUUUACUUGUUAAUUUUUGAGUUCAGGUCACGUGGCUUGUUGGAAAAUGGAGAUCAACACUUUUCUUCCAUUAGAUGCCAAAAUACAGACUCUGACCUUUAGUGUACUUCUUUCUCUGUCACUUUACAGGGACCUUUCACAGAGAAAGGUUUAAUACAGAGGAGUGAUGAUUUAUUUCCCCCUUUCCACAGAGCCAUGAUUCAAGUCCUAUUUGAAUAGAUUUGAAAGGCAUGAAGAGGUAAAACUAUCCAGUUUUUCAAAAUAAAAAGUAAAGAUGAGAGAAGAAAAUUAAAUACAAAAUGUGUAGCAGAUCUUUUAUCCUCAUAUCCUAUCUUUUUUUAUGCUCUCAUGACAUCCAAGAUUUAUCUUAAACAUCAGCUGGAAAUGAUUUUAGAGAUGCAUACUGAACCGUCACAUUUAUUUUAGAACCACUUUUGCUGUAAAUGUUAAAACCCUCCUGCAGCAAUUCUACCACAACAAAAAUGUGCAUAACUCAAGAUGCCAACUAUUUAUGAAACACACCGUUUUCAUAAAUACAAUCUUUCAACAGUAGGGCUUAAAGAGGGGAAUUUUGCAUCAUCUUAAUCCUAUUGCAACACAAACUACAGUACAGGUCUAUUUUACUACAUUGUUUACAAAGACAGAAUACCAUUGUGAGUAAUCCCUUCACCAGUUCAGAACACAUUUAAAAAUCAUGUUUUGCUGUCGUCUGUACUUGUCUUAAAAGUCUCUGUCAGUCAUUUUCAAAAAGAAGAAGAAGAAAAAAAAAACUGUCCAGCUGCCUCAGAUUAUUAAGAGUUAACUUUUUGAUUACGGAUGGAGCCUUUCAUUCACUGAUUUGUUAACAUGUGGGUGUUGUAGUAUUUGGUCGUCAUGGGAUUAUGGGUCAGAGAAGCAGGUGUAGAGGAUGUACAGUACAGACAAGUGCCUUGUUUCCUCAUGGAUCUACGAGCCUCUGCAUCGUCACGAGGUGUACACAUUAUGUGUACCAUGUGGAACUUGGACAUAUGCCAUGUGUACACUGUGAAGUUAUUCCACAGCUGCUGUCAGCUACACCUCCAGGACAGAGUGCAAGCUAAUAAAGUGUUUCAUACUCGCCUAGUGUUGACAGUUCAUUGGCUAUUAUGUAGGAGCGUUAUUGGCAGCCUGUCACCCACAUGGGGAAAAACAGGAGUCAGUCCUUAUUUAAGGCCAAGAGGCCUUAAUAUGUAUUAUAUAUUUCAAAAUAUUUUUGUCAGAAGAAAAAUUGCACAGAAAUUCAAGCAAGAAAGGGGUGCUCUUUGCUUCAUGGUGCGGCACACUGACAAAAGGCUGUCAUUUAUCACAAUUAUGCCAGCAGCCCCAUCAGCUUGGAUCCUCUCGCAGUAAUCCUUGAGUGUGCUGUCGUGUUGUCUGCCUUUAAUGUUAAAAGAGAGAUGGGGUGUGCCUGUCAAGAGUUGUAGUAAGUGUGUGAUGUUUUUAGAGUGAACUGGCUCUUUGCUCACAGCGGCUGUGAAUGCACCCGCCGGCCUCGCCUCUGAGCUUAAAUGGUCCUAUUAAUUGAAAUUGAGGCAUUUGUCAAAAUGCAAGCGCUUAUUCUCAGUGCUUUACGCUUGAUUUACAGGCUAUAUUAACAGGAUGUAUUAAGACUAAUGUACACACUCAAGCACAAAAAGAAAUUCAUUCAAAGUGUCAGUGGGGAAUUUCUCUCCGGUUCAGAGAAACUUUUAAGGGAAAACCAUAGAGGGAUAACCAGAGUAGUAGACAGCAUCCAGCUCUUGCCUACCCUCUUACUUUCAUCCCCUCCUCCCUCGCUUACUCUAAAUUUCAAACAUACGCAUACUGGAUGCACUCCCUGUUGGGCAACUUCUCAUGUUUCUAUUAUACUAAAAGCAGUGACUGCAUAGGCAGCAGCAUUUCGGCAAAUGACUACUUCCUAGAAUUUGUUACACCUGUUAAGUUCUAGAUACAAUGCUCAGCAUUUUCCCUCAGCUCCCACCGACUCUCAUAAUCUGCUCCUGAAGAAAAGUGCAUGAGCCACUCUCCUAUUUUCUUUCUCCUUUUUCCGCUUUCUCCGGUGCUCUGUUUUAUUCUCCUCCAUUCGCCUGUGCUAAUUUCAAUCCAGCCUUUAAUUAUUCUCCUGUACCAAAGCUGUCCGUUUCCCUUUUUUGUCUCCCAUUCCUUCGUUUAUUUCUCUCGUUUGUUUAAAUUUGCCCCGCAGCCGACAGGCAGCCUACCUCUCUGCACUUCCCCUGUCAAGGGUGGUUAGUCAGAGACGGAGAAAAAAAACGAGGAGAAGAGGCAGGCUAAGAUUAAAAGGGCCGGAGCCACUGCCUAAAGCAGAUCGGCUGCCGACUGCCAUUUAUUUACCGCUACACACAGUGUGAGCUUGAUGGAGCACGGGACCCAGAGAGACAAACGCACACAACAUGCCACCCGACAACAAUGACAUCCCAAACAGUCCAAAAGGAGGCACCUUUAGACACACAUAUGGCUUUGUUUUGCUCUGUUGAGCACUUGGUUACAACCCAUUUCACCUCAUUACCCCGACAUGGCGACAGCUACAGUAUGCCUACAAGCUCACACCCACCUUCUCUGGCAGAAAGAGACACAUUUAACAGACAUAUGUCUAAAUCAUUCAGGACACACCAUCAGCACCAAAGCUUUUGGGGAGAACUUCAAAGUAUAUUAUACAAGAUGAUGCAAAAGAGUCUGAGAAGAAAUGCAAUGCAAUACUGGAGACAGAUGCAUACUAAUGCUGGUCUCAGGUGUUGGGGUGACAUCAGGCUUAAACAGGUGAUAACUACUGGUCAAUGUUUCUGAUGCUUAAAUAAAAUGAAAUAAAGAAGUAGGCUUAAAACAAUUUCUCAAAUAAUCAGUUAGCUCGUCGACAGGACAUUAGUCACUAACUAAUUUAAUCAUGACUUAAUUAUUUGUCAAACCCAAAUGCAACAGUUUCUCGUUCCAGCCUCUCAAACACGAGAAUGUGCUGCUUUUUCUCUUUUAUAUCAUUGUAAAUUACAGGUGUUCAGUAGAAGAAUCUUUGACAACGAAUGCUUACACAGAACUGACAAUACUGAAUCCCUAUUGUCACGGACUGAAUCAGUAGCUUUUAGCAGUGGAGCUACACUUGUCAGCUGUGCUGUGAUUCACAUUACUUUCUCUUUAAAAGUCUAUUAAAAGACAGCGAAAGCCACAGAAACGAUCAUAGUCCGAUAACUCUGUCGCUACUAAUGGGCUACUGAGCUAUUAGCCCAUACAGUGCUUGUAUAGGCUAGUUUUGCACUGAUCGGAAAGUCACAGGUUGGACUGGCAGCAGACUGAACGUACCUGUAUGCUGUAUGAAAGGUGAUGGUUCACUUACUGUUGUACAUGCUGAAGUGCAUUUGAACGGUGAUGUGACCGCUUAGCUAAGGAGGAAAAGUAAACAAACUACAUAGUCAGUGACUAGGAAUCUUUGAACUGAACUUAAUGAAAAUAAUAGUUAGUUGGAGCCUUUGCAUAGAAGUAAAUUCUUCUUUAUAUUGCCACUAUGUCUUAGCGGAGUUUAUGAACUCAAAAUCAAGAAGAGAAAGGAUAAAUGUGGAGGAUAAAUGAGAAACAAAUACAAGAAAAGGAAAAAUCCAAUAAUUCAACUUUCUUCUGGCUGAAACAGAAUAUUUGGACAAGGAACAAGUGUUGUAAGGUGAAAUGGACAAACAAAGACAGGAAGUGAAGACCACACUGCAUACUUGUCGAAGUUGGUAAAGAAACCCAGAUUCUUGUUCUUGCCUGUCAUCUUGAGCUGUCACACAUUUCAGAUUCUUCAAUAUGAUAAAAUUUCCAACGAGAGGAAAGAAAAGCUGUUUUUUGGGGGGGUAAACAUGCAAAGAUCCCACACACACUCCCACUGAUGCUGACAUAGCAGCACUCAUGUCACUGUGACAGGUUUUAUAUGAUGUGAGAGACAUGGAGGGAUUUAAAAAAAAAAAUAUGAUUGCUAUUGUUUGAAGUUUUUAUGUAUGCCUAUUGGGAGCUGCCAUUAAAAAUAUUCCCCCUGUC